AUGAUUGAUGAAGCUACCGCAAAAGCCAGAUACUGGGCCGAGGAGCCUCCCAUCCAUGCCCACCCGGAUGCCAUCUCUCUCAUCCAACAUUACCGUCCCGACCUUCAAGAUACCGAAGCCAUGAUCCCCAUCCUCAAGGACAUACGACUCAAAGCCUGGAAGAUUAAGUACUACCCAUGCGUCGGGCUAUGGCAAUUCUUCAAGUUCGGGAUGACAGAGAUGUCGAUCUACCCAGAAAUCAUCGAAAGACUGAAGCAAGGGCAGCGAAUUCUCGAUAUGGGAUGUUUCAUGGGAUUCGAUGGAAGGAAAUUGAUUGUCGAUGGUGCUCCGAGCGAAGGGAUCACGAAUAUGGACCUGGAGGAUAGGUGGUUUCCGUUAUCCUAUGACUUGUUCAAAGAUGAGGAUCAAUUCAAGGGAGAAUUCUUUGGAGGAUGCGAUAUCAAUGACGAAGGACUCUUCGGAGAAGGGUCUAUUCAUCGACAUAGAUAUGACAUGAUCUAUAUCGGAUACUUCAUCCACCUCUUCCCGCCUCACAAACAGGCACAUAUCAUCAACAGUCUAAUACAGAUGCUCAAACCAGAUUCCGGGUCGAUGAUGUUCGGGAACACAGCUGGAACCGCAAAGGAAAAUGGUUACAGAAUGAAAGCAGAUUUUGCGCCACCGGUCCGAAACGAAAAAGGGGAAAUGGAGAGACCGGAUUUCGUUUUCCAUUCAACAAAGACUAUUGUGGAUUUGCUGUCUGAGGCUGUCAAAGAAGAGAAGGAUAAAGAGUGGGAAUACACGGCCAACAAAGCUGUCUUUGACACAGAUACUUCUCCAACAAAGACCUUUGCGCUGCAUUUCAAGGAUGCAGAGAUUGUGGAGCUUAACUUUUGCAUGAAGAGGAAAUGA